AUGAGUCUGACUUCUGUGGUUUCCUGGAGUCUGGUGUCAGGCUAUAAAACCUUGCUGGGAGCAGGAAGAGACCCCAGAUGCAGCCCCACCUCUAAGGGAUCCACUGAAGCCCAGAAGGCCAUGAUGGAGCACCUGCAGACACUCCUGCUCCCCCUCCUGCUGGUGAUGUGCCCCCCAGUCAGCACCACCCCAUCCAUUGCAGGUUAUCCCUGGAGCUGGAGGGAGAGAGGAGGAGAAGCCAAGCCACCCUCCAGGACACACCCCACACCCUACAUGGCCUAUGUGCAGGGGAAGGACAGCCACUUCUGCGGAGGCUUCCUCGUGGCCCCCGGCUGGGUGAUGACGGCGGCUCAGUGCCUUGUCCACAAACCUCUGACUGUCAUCCUGGGAGCCCACACACUCCAAAGGAGAGAGGAAAGCUGGCAAACCUUCGAGGUCAAGGAGUAUCACUGCCACCCAGAUUUUACAAGUCCUAAGAAGGGAAAUGACAUCCUCUUGCUGAAGCUGAAUGGCAAUGCCACCAGCAACAGCCACGUCAGGCCCAUUUCCUUUGAGAAAUCCAAAGUUCGUGGUGGGACCGAGUGCAGCGUGGCCGGCUGGGGCUACAGGACACCCGCUGUCACCUUACGUGAGGCCACUGUCACCAUCAUCAAACAAAGGGACUGCCUCAGCCACUACCCAGGACUCGCUGACAACUUGAUUUGUGGCCGCAGCAAAUCCGCUGGGGUACCUGAGAAGGGCGAUGCCGGGGAUCCGCUGGUCUGCAACAACAAAGCCUACGGCAUCUUCUCCUACAGGCACAACAACUGGCCUGGGUUCUACACUCACAUCACUCCUUACCUUUCCUGGGUCAACAGUGUCAUGAAGUCAGCAUGA